GAUCCCCUCGCUGACCUCUCCCUGGUUAGUGCCCUAGGGCUGCUGAUGUAGAGUACCCAGGGGGAGGAUCCAUCUAUGCUGUUAGUCCCGUAGGAAAAGAAACAACAGCUUCCCCUUCCCCUCGCUAACCCAGCCCCAGCCACGGUCAACCUCGGCUCUCCGUCGCUGUGUGACCAUGGCCGACAGCUUGCGGAGAUUAAUCAACAACGAGAGCUGCAGGAUUUUGCAGGAGAAGCUGGAGAACUGGUAUAAAGAUUACCACAUUAACUCAUGUGAUCAGAAUCUGAACCGAUGUUGUGAAAUCAUAGAAAUGAACUCCAUGAUUCAGGGGCAACUCUUCACAAUCCUCAAUCAAACCGCUCGAGAAGGUGGGCAUUAUGCAGGUGUAGAGACAAUAAAAUCUCGUCUCCUGCCAUGGCUGGGGACUUGUUUUUCCAGUACUACUUCGGGAAGGCCCUUUGAAACCAGUCUCUCUCUCAUUCAGGAGUCAAUUGAGAAAGAAAGGCAGCUGAGGGAAUUUGCCAGCACUCGGAACCAUGAACUACAACAGUUGGAGAAAGAACUGAACUCAACUCGUUUACAACUCACCUUAGUGCAACAAGAUCUGGCAGAAGCCCAGAUGGCUCUUGAAGACACAAAGACCAAAUCAGCCACUACCCUUUUGGCAGCAGAGGAUGAAAUUGUUCAUCUAAAAGCAGCUCUGAAGGCUUCCCAAGCACAGGAAGAGAGCACUUUGAGGAAUCUGGAUCGUCUGAAUGAUUAUGAGCAACAGGUUCAAAUACUAAAGGAUGAGAUUGCCAUCCUGGGCGCCCAAAAAUCUGUUCUUCACAGCAGACUUGCACGGAGUCGCUCUCCUUCUCCAAGGCCCUGCCGAAGUAGAUCACCUAGUCCUCUUCCACUCAGGAGCUGCUCACCUGGCCGGGCCAGGCUUACGAAUGCUGCACGUCAUGCCCACCUGGUGGCUCGCUUUAGUGAGAUUUAUACUCAAGAACGCUUGGAUGCACAGAACCUUCUGAGGACUUAUAUCGAUGAUCUGGAGAUAGUGCAGAGGAUAAUAUAUGUUGCAGCUGUGGAGUCUUUCCAUGCAGCGAAGAUGGCCUUCAGACAAUUCAAAAUGCGUGUGAGAAAGACUCUGUCUCUAACUUAUUCAGGGCCUGAAUCACUUGAAGACACUGUCCUGGAUUAUAUAGUUCGCCAUGAGGAUCUAUAUGAUGUUCAAGCCAGUGUCAACGAAGUAAUUCGUGCCAUGAAUAUCAAUCCUAAAAUUUCAUUCCCACCAGAAGUUGACUUCAUCAUGAUCAGCAGUUUGAUUCGGGAGUUGUGCCGUGUAGCUUUUUCAAUGCAGACCUUGGUUCCUCCCCUCGAUAUUGCAUUUGGUGCAGAUGGAGAACUUUUUAAUGAGAGCAAAUACCGUCGCAGCUAUGACUCUGAUUUUACCGCUCCCUUGGUGGUUUAUCAUGUGUGGCCUGCUCUGAUGGAAAAUGAUUCUAUUAUUGUGAAGGGAGAGGCAGUUUCAAAGAGAGGUGCUCUGUGGUCUCGCAGGAGUAGGAGUAAAAGCAGAAGCAGAAGCCGCAGCAUGAGCCCUAUUCUGUCUCAUUCUGCAAGCCCCAGCCGCACCUUGUUACCUCGAAGUCGCAGCCCUUCCCCAAUAAGGAGCGGAAGCCCAAGACUUUAAAUUAACUGGAUAUGUUUCUGUGAUUCUGUACAUCCGGAUCAGUCAACUUCAGUGGUGCCUCCUCCUGUUCCAAGAGUACCUCACUUAAGAUAAUGUGAAUGGCAGUUUUGUGUUACUCCAAAGGGAGGGUUAAAUGUCAUUUUUGCUUAGUGUGUUUUUAUAAGUUUAGUAGGGUUUUUUUAUCAUUAUAGAAAUUAGUUGAACCAAUUUGAUAAAAAAAAUUGCAUAGACAUUUAGGAUCAUACUCCCUGUGGCAUAGAGUUUACACAGCUCUUAGCAACCCUUGCAGAAAUAGAGCAGCAGAUCUAAGGAUCACAUCUAGAACAUUUUUACCUGAAACAAAAGGAUGCCAUUUAUUUUGACAACAUAUUUAAUAUCACAUGAACAUUACAACUUGUUGAGAUUAGCUGUUACUUGAAAACAAUGUCACUAGAUGGUGCUUAUGUACAUUUCUAGAAGGCAGCACUAAUCUCAGGAUGAAACUUUUAAUUACGUGAAUAGCAUUGUUUUGUCACUAAUGUAUCAACUGAAAGUGGUCUCUGUUGUCUGACUGAUGAAAUACCGGUAGUUUAUGACUGGCACAAGUGACUACAGCAUUUCAGUCUCCGGGUCUUCAGUUACAUUGAUUUAUGAAAGCACACAGCUAAUGGGUUGUAUGAAGUGUUGUGCUGGUUUUGGCAUGGAAUUCACUAUGCUUGUUAAAUUCAGUCUGUUACUGAAGAAAGGAAUCUCACUAGUGGUUGCGAUUUGGACCUUAUUGAUAUUUCAAAAGUGUGUCACUGAACAUAUUGAGGUUUGAAAUACUUGCUUGGGAUGCAUUAACUAUUCAGUAUCUCCUCCAAGUACAUACAGAACAAGAUUUGAGCCUUCAUUUGAACACAAUCACAAAAGUUUGACUGUUAAAGACAGUAAUUUGCUGCAUUCUGAAUUAAAUAAUUGAUUAUUUUGGUCUCAGAAGUAUAUUGGUUCUUCUGUCAUUUUAAAGGAUUUCUUGUCCAUUUUGUAAAAAGUUCAUGUUAAUAUCAGAAUAUUUGUUUCUAAGAGAACUGAUUUUCUUUUUUCUCUCCUGAACCUCAUCUGUAGGGCCAGCCUUAAAUACAAGCAACACAAGUGACUGCUUGGAGCCUUGUGCUUUUACAUAGGAACCUAGGAUGUUUAAUAAUGGAUCUGACCAUUAGUUCAUCAAGUCCAGUAUCUUGUUUCAGUCCAAUACCUGAUGCUUCAGAGGAAAGUGGAAAUUUCCCAUAACUCAGCUUCCUGGUUGUGGAAUGUAAAUGGCUGCAGGCAGGAGGAAUUCCUUCCUGUCCCGUGUUGCAAUCAGCUUAUGCCCCGAAACAUGAGAUUUCCUUACUUUCAUUGUAACAAAAUCCAUAGUUGUACACGCUGUUAGUCAUGAAGUUAUUUAACUCUUUAAAAAUUCACCUACAUUCAUUAAUUCCAUGACCUCUCUUAGGGGGACUUGUGCAGACUUGGUACACUCCCUUCUUCCUCCCCACAUCUGCAGGGCUGUUUGAGGCUCUACAAACUUUAAAACCAGACCAGCCCAACUUCACUAUACACUACUGUAACUAUAAUGUCACAAUUGGUGCCUGUAUACACAAACCGUGGGCCUGAUUCAGCUCUGACCCUGGUUUUAUACAUAUGUAAUGUAAAAGUUACUCCUGAUUUACACCAGGGUGAGAGAUCUGUGGGGGCUGGUAUAUGCAGAAUCAUUUCCACAGGUCCUCAGAAUGAAGUGAGAGACGCACCGAAAUGGAAAAGGCACUCAAGUACGUGGUGGGCUCUCUUGUUGUCUGUGAAAAUCAGUGCACAUAUGGCCUCUGAAAUGAACAUUUAAAGAAGUUUGUUCCAUCUUAUAAGCUCUUAUAUUGUUAAUUACAGCCAGGGAGCUGGGGUUAUGGUUAUUCUGUAUACUUACACAUCAAUCCCAUUAUUAAUAUCUCUAGAUAAAUGUCUUGAUUUUGAGCACUUGCAGCACUGAAGUCAGUGAUCAUAAGAAUGGCCAUACUUGGUCAGACCAAAGGUCCAUCUAGUUCAGGAAAACACCUGUUUUCCAACAGUGGCCAAUGCCAGGUGCCUCAGAGGGAAUGAACAGACCAAGUAAUCAUUGAGUGAGCCAUCCCCUGUCGCCUGAAAUAAUCAGGUCCCUUCUUCAGGUGUCUAAAUAUGGACUUAGGUGCCUAAGUAAUCAAUAUCACAGAAUCUAAUAAUUGUUUCGGGCCAAAAAGAUAUGUUUUGGUAAUAUUAGCGUUCAGGUUUGAUAUAUUAUUUGACUUCCACAUGUUCACUACAAAGACACACCAGAUCACAAUCUCUGUCAUUUGACACAUGUUGUUCUGACACAAAGCAGAUUUUCAUAACCAAUUAUAAGAAAAUUAAAUAUCUUACAAAAGAGGCACAAACAUAUUUAAUGGCCUUGGAUCCAUGAUGGCCCCAGAUACACACCCCAGCAAUACCUUUAGAUGAAGUAUCCCCCAAAGAACUAAAAAUGCAAGUUCAGAAACAAAGAUUUAAAACACUUGAGGACCACAUCAUAUACAGAAUUGUCCAAAUGAGCUAACUGAGCGCUCUGGUCACUUGUUUCAAGGUAAUAGAAAAGUUUAAAAGAAUUAAAGUGAGUGCACACUAGAUUUUGCAGGGAGAAAGUGGCUUCGUAAUACCUUGAAAAAUGUAAAAGUUAAAUAAAAAAUAAGCUUGAUAAACAGUUCUCACUCUCUACCAUGUUGGUCUGUGGAGCCAAUAGCAUUUAGCAAGGUGCAUGGUGUCAUUAAGAGACUGAUGUUUUUAAUUGGGCUUCAAUUCAACUCAUUUAUAGUCAUUUAAAUUAGUGAGUAUGUCGGACAAGGGAUUUUUUUUUUAGUGAUGAGUCAGACAUUAACAGGCUAUAUACUGCCCUUUAUCUACAUGCACAACUCCUCCUGACAACAGUGCAAUUUGUACAUGCUGGUCAUCGUUGGUGUAUGACCCUGUGUGAUUGACUUAUAUGUGCAAUAAUGCACAGUGGCCUUAUAAAAAGGGAGCUCUGUAAUUUCUCUCAAGUGCUAAGUGAAAGAAUCAUCAAACAGGAAUUGUAUAGCACACAUACAUGUAAAUAAAGUAUUAAAAACCUUCAGGGAGAGCAAAUGUAUUAUAACAAAUCAGUGUAAAUGCCACACAGGUAGUCGUAACAAAAUAAUACAGGUGGCAUAAGUGCAGAAAUGUUUGCUGACAUGAUUUAUGUAAGCUGCAAAAUGAAUAUGAUCAGUGGGGUUUAUGCUACAAGAUUGUUCCAAUACAGUGUUAUUCAUGAUGUCAGUGAUAAUCCUGAAAUGUUAGGCCAAAUUCAGAUCUGAUCCAAGCCCUGUAUAAUCCCACUGAGAUAAAUGAGAUUGCCUGGGAUGUAAAUCAGCACUUAAUAUGGACCAGUGCAUUUGUGUGGACAUAAUGUAUGUUUUAUAUAAACGUAAUAGCUGAAGAGUUUCCCCUGCAUAUCAGCACUGUCAAAGUUGAUUUUGAAUGGCUGAAGAAAAGAUCAUCCCAUAGUCUAAUCCAAAUCUGAUAUCUUUUCUAUUACCUAUUUCUGAGGAGAUUCUGUGGCAUCAACAUAUGGAUUCUCCUUCACUUUUCCUUCUUCUCUAUGAGCAAAUGAUUUUAAUAUAACCCAGAAUAUCAUUAUAUACAAUUAAGAGUUACCAAAAUGGAUUGCUCAUCUUAGUACCAUGCAGUGGGAGAUCCAAGUUCAGAAGCAAUUUUGUGCUGCUUUUCCACAUAUCUUGGGGUGGGAGUUGCGAUGGUGAUGCUGGCCCAGGGUAGUAUACAUCACUCUAGGUGGACCUGCAGGAGAAGUACUUUGCAGAGGAGGCAAAAGCUAUCCAAUUAUCCAAGGUGGUAAACACCCUUCCAUCUUCCUGGACCAGUUGGUGCCUUUUAAUCUUUCUUUUGCGUCUGUUUUAAAUGUAUUGCAAAGAAUGUCUUUAUAUAAAAGUGCCAUCAACAAUUAAUUCUCUUUCUUAGCCUUAGAUAACAUGGCUUUGUCAUAAGUCACUCAUCUUCGAUUGCAGUUGUCUAGAGAAUUAUGUUCUUAAUUUGGUUUGAAAUAGCCUGGCUUUGCAUUAAAGAAAGUUGAAAAAUG